AUGGUACAAGCAGAGUCUUCAGAAAGUGCUUCCCGUAGGAGCAUCAAGGCCGUCACUGCAGGAGCUCCUGCAGACUAUGAGCUACCUUGGGUCGAAAAAUAUCGUCCCAUUUUUCUCGAUGACAUCGUCGGUAACACAGAAACCGUUGAGCGAUUGAAAAUUAUCGCCAAAGACGGCAACAUGCCGCACGUAAUCAUUUCGGGCAUGCCAGGUAUCGGAAAGACCACAUCUGUCCUAUGCUUGGCGAGGCAGCUGCUUGGGGAUGCAUAUAAGGAGGCGGUUUUAGAACUAAAUGCUAGUGAUGAACGAGGCAUCGACGUUGUCAGGAAUCGGAUUAAAGGGUUUGCCCAGAAGAAAGUGACGCUCCCACCCGGCCGGCAUAAGAUCGUUAUUCUGGAUGAGGCAGAUAGCAUGACGCCAGGUGCACAGCAGGCAUUGCGACGAACGAUGGAGAUCUAUUCCUCUACGACACGAUUUGCUUUCGCCUGCAAUCAAUCGAACAAGAUUAUCGAACCACUCCAGUCGCGAUGUGCCAUCCUGCGCUAUGCACGAUUGACAGACGCACAGGUGGUACAGCGGCUAAAGCAGAUAUGCGACGCUGAGAAGGUGGAACAUACAGAAGAUGGAAUUGCUGCGCUGGUGUUCAGUGCGGAAGGAGACAUGCGCCAGGCUAUCAAUAACCUGCAGAGCACAUGGUCAGGCUUCGGUCUUGUGAAUGGAGACAAUGUCUUCCGAGUGGUCGAUAGCCCACACCCUAUCAAGGUCCAGGCUAUGAUUAAGGCAUGCUGGGAAGGCAAGAUUGAUGCGGCUCUCGAGACACUUAACGAGUUAUGGAAUCUCGGUUAUUCGUCUCACGACAUCAUCAGCACAAUGUUCCGAGUCACAAAGACUAUUCCGACUCUGUCUGAACACUCAAAGUUGGAAUUCAUACGAGAGAUUGGCUUCACUCAUAUGCGCAUUCUCGAUGGUGUGCAGUCGCUCCUUCAACUGAGCGGUUGUGUUUCUAAGCUUUGCAAAAUCAACAUGAAACCUCAGCUCUUCGAGCCACCAAAGGCAUAG